AGUGAAACUCGUCGCUUUUUUUGCUCUCAAUUCAAAAUAAACAUAAAAUGUUUUCAAAAUCUAGAUAUAUAUUCAACAAAUUUAAGUUUUAUUUUAAACUUAGUUUAUUUGAAACCGGUGACAUUUUUGUGAACGAUAGCACACUGAAACUUUUCAGAGUGCGACAUUUUUUUAAUGCUCAUAAAAUAAUAAACUAGCACCUUUUAUCUAAUCUCUUGCGCAACUACAAACCUUGAUUAGAAUUAAUACUUGACUUUUCAACUGAUAAAUUUGUUUUUAAAUUUUAGGAAAAAUAAUCAAUAGCUUUGCUUUCCGUAAAAUGUUAUGUAAAUGUAACUCAUUUUUAUGUGUGAUACACUUUUGAAACAUGUAAAAUAAAAUAAAAAUCACCCUUUAUAACUAUUAAUAUUGACUGUUAUCAUUAAUUAGAAUUUGUGUUACCUAUUUUAUCGUACAAUUAAUUUUAUUUGAAAUAUUAAGAAUGAGUGACAUUAUUAAUUCAUCGAUUUCAAAAAUGAAUAAUUUUACGAAACUUUUUAACAGAUUAUUAUACUUCAAAUUGCCCCAGUAUAAUAAACUGCAAAUAUAUGUGUUUAGUAGUUCUUUUAUCUUGGUUCUCUUGGGAUUAUUAGUAAUAGUUAGUCUAUCAUAUUGGCAUCGUACAUUGUGUAAAAUUAAUGAAAAUGAGUUACUUUUAUCAAGCAUUUCUCCUGAGCGAAAUCUUUUGGAUAUUAGUCAAGAAAGUAUGGAUUACUCAACAGGAUUAAAUACCAGAAUUUAUUGUUUGAAAAAUUACAUGAAAAAGCAAGAUCUAGCCACUUGCUGUGAAAAUAGCCCUUGUUACAAGACUUCUAGUGAAAGACAUGCAUCAUCCAUGUUCCUUCCUGAUGAAUCCGAUAUAUUUGUGACGGAAGAUUAUAUUCCGAUGGUCAGUGUUCCAACCGUAGUGCAGAAGAAAAAAUUAGUGCAUGCUUCAGGUUCAGAGUCUGAAGCCUUGUCAGCUGUUAACGUGGCUUUGAAAAUGAAAAAUUCCAACAAAUUUGAAAAAGCUCUCAGACUAUUUCGCCAUGCCCUAGCUUUGCAGCCACUUCAUCCAGAUGUACUUAACCAUUACGGAGAAUUUGUUGAAGAGAAAGAAGAUGAUUUAAUUAAGGCAGACGAAAUGUAUUUUAAAGCCUUGACUAUCUCUCCUGAUCAUUCACAUGCUCUCACCAAUCGAAAAAGAACGUUACCAGUUGUCAAGGAACUGGACGAAAAAGAACUGAAAAGAAUUGAUGAUAAGCAUGUCCAGUUGAUAGAAUUGAAUCACAACAGUCCUGCAUUUAAGACAUUGAAACGGGAACUUUAUUUUCAGCACAUCUAUCAUACCGUUGCUAUCGAAGGAAAUACUCUGACCUUGGAUGAAACUAAAAUGGUGAUUCAGACUGGUAUGCCAGUCAGUGGGAAAAGUUUAGUUGAACAUAUGGAAGUAGUAGGUGUAGAAUCUGCACUGCGUUACGUCAACAAAACAUUGGUUUCAAAAGAUGAUAUUACUGUUUACGAUAUUUUAAAAAUCCAUAAGCUUGUACUUGGCCACGUGAAUCCUCAAGUGGCUGGCUCAUUUCGUCAGUCUCAAGUAUUUGUAGCAGAACACACUCCCCCUCAUGCAUCGGAAGUGGUCCAUCUCAUGGAGGAAUACGUCGAAUGGCUUCAAUCUCCCGAGUUUCUGCAAUUACAUCCUAUUAAACAAGCUGCUUUAGCUCAUUAUAAACUUGUCUAUAUCCAUCCAUUUAUAGAUGGAAAUGGCCGAACUGCAAGAUUAAUCAUGAACAUGAUUUUAAUGAGACACGGCUAUCCUCCCGUCAUUAUUAGAAACAGUGAGAGAAAUCAUUAUUUCCGCACUUUGCAGCUUGCCAAUGAAGGGGAUGUCAGGCCUUUUGUACGAUUUAUAGCAAAAUGUACUGAAUGCACUUUAAAUGUUUAUUUGCAUUCUAUUGAUUAUACUAAGUGCUUAGCCUCACCUACAGUCAAUAAAAUCGAUAGUAACAAUAAUAUUAUAGCAUUAUGAGAAAUUUUAAAAUUAUAUUUAUUCUUUUGAUGUGAUAUUUUUAUUUGUUUGGGUUUUUUGUUAAAUUUGUACCAAUAAUUGUUUAUUUACUUAUCAGUUUUCAAGUUCAUAUCAUUCAAACAUACCAAACUGUUGAUUGUGUUAGCUAAUUAAGUCAUAUGUUCUUUUGUUUCUAUAGAAUUCAAGUUGUUGUUUACUGAUUUCUUUCUUUAAACAUGUUGUUUGAUGUGUGUGCAUGAUUUGAUAUAAUGUCAAGUUUUAGUAAUUACAAUUUUUUUUUCUUUUUAGGAUUCAUAAGGGUUAUUUUCACAAUUCGUUAAUUUUUACCUCCACAAGCGAUAUUUAUCAUUUUUUUGUAUUUGUCUGACAUGUUUAUUUCAAAAUGAACUAUGUUUCCACUAGUCUGAUAGAAUUUAUUCCUAUUAAAUGUGUCAUACUAUCUUUCCUUUUCCUUCUUUAUCCAUAUCAUUCUUAAGAUUGCUCUUGCUAAAAAUAAUUUUUAAUUUUGUUAUUGAAUUAAUUAAAACUUAACUGAUAUUGACAGAACAGUUGUAACAACAUUUGUCAUGUUAUGAAUCAGCAUAUGUGUAUAUGUCAGCAUGUAUUUUAUUCUUUACUGAAUUUAAUCUACUUAGGUAGAUUUGUUUAUUUAUUACUGUAUUUUUUUCUGUAAAAUCUUUUUAUUUUCUGUACGCAUAAUGCAGAAGCAGUGGGUUGAAUUUAUUUGAUUCAGAUUUGACAUUCCAUUUUUAGAUACACAUUAGUACAAUUUUCAAUUCGUCUUUCAUUUUUACUCAUACAUUUUUCAAAAGCCAUAAUUGCUAAUUAUGGUUUAUUAUUAUUUUUCAUAUAAUUUGCUACAUUUUUUUAUACUUAUUAACUUAACUAAGCGGAUUUUUGUUUAUUUGUUCAGUUUAUAAGCAUGGAGUAAGAAAAGUCGAUGGAAAUAUUGUCAUGCACCUGCCAAAGGUGAUUGUAUUUUGAGGGUACCCCGUAAUACCGGGUUUUUCGUAUUGUCCUCCCGGAUCUAAAAAUUGGGAGCAGGGCAUAUGAUUUUUGUGGGGAUUCCGCGUUUCUCAAGACAAAUUUUCUCUCGGACAUUCGGUAAUCAAGAUUCCACAAUCUAAAAUUCAAAUUUUGAAACUUUUGUUAAUUCCCGUUCGUAAUUUCUGUUGCAUUCACGCGAUUCUUCCGUCAAUGGGUAAAAGUUCUGUUAGAUUCUUCUGGUUUGGUGGAUUUUCGUCAUUUUGAAUAUUUAAAACUGCACUGGGAUCGCUCUUCUAAUUCACGCUGUUUGAAUAACAAACAUCGAUUUUAGUAUUUAGCUGAUUUGAAAGUUACACGAUGCCAUUCGCAUUCACGUAAUUUAAGAAGCCAUUGUCGCGAUUUUUAUUAACGCGUUUUUGAAAUCAUUUUUGCGAUUCGUAUUCCCACGUUUUUAAAAUCCAGUUACGCGAUUCAUAUUCACGCGAAUCCUAUGUCACAAUUCGCAUGCACGCGGUUUCAAAGUCCAAUAUUGCGAUUUGUAUUUAUCCGUUUGUAAUAUCAAGCAUUGAUUUUUACAUGAUUUAAAACAGUGUUUCCCAAAGUGGUCCAUAUGGACCCCCAGGGGUCCGUGGUACGAUUCAGGGGAUCCGUCAAAAAUAAAAACUGAUUUAGGGGUCCCUGAACAACGUGUGAGGUUUAAUAUAAAAUAGUAAAAUUGUGAUUGGUUUUUAUUAUUAUGGAAAUUAAGAUAAAUAGAAUAGUGGCGAUUUUUACGUCCUAAGUAAACUAUAAGUAAAGGUGGGUGCUUAUAAUUAAUUAUUAACAGUGGUUUGUUACAAAUUAAACAGUUGAUUUACAAAUCUUUUAUUCCCUUUUUAAAACAUAACAGUAUGAAAGAAUCGAAGAAAAAACACCGAAAAUACAGUGUUGAAUAUUUGAAGUAUGUCUUUACUUCUUCAUCUGGAAAUAGUACUUUACCUAUGUGUCUUCUAUGUAAUAAAACUAUAACAAGUGAUUCAAUGAAGCAUUCCAAGCUUAACGAACAAUUGAUAAAAAUCCAUAGUGACAAGAAAGAUAAAGAUUUAACUAUUUUUGAAACAGUCAAAGAAAAAUAUCUGAAAACACCGUCACUGCAACACUUUAUGGGGACAACAUCUAAGCUAGGUGACGAUGGAUUGCAUGUUUCUAUAUAUUACGUGAUUGCAAAGUCCGGAAAGCCUCACACUAUUGAAGAACUUAUUUUACUGUCUGUAAGUGAGAUAAUACUCACCGGGUUGCACAAACCAGCUUUUAACAUUGUAAAAAGAAUUCCACGGAGUAAUAAUAAUCUACAAAGAAGGAUUGACAAAAUAUCUCAGAGCGUAGAAAAUUCUUUAUGUGAGUACUUAAAAAUAUCUGAAUUUUCUAUACAGCUUGACGAGUCCACUUAUCCAGGAAACAAAGCUUUAACUUUUAGCUUAUGUAAGAUUUGUAAAAGGAUAAAAAAUUUACCAGGAAUUGUUAUUUGCUAAAUGUUUGGAAAGCGAUACGAAAGGUGAAACGCUAUUGACUGAAUUAAAAGCAAUACCCUUGACUAAUAUCAUUUCUGUAGCUACUGACGGUGCUCCGGCAAUGGUAGGAAGAUACCGAGGUUUUCUGGCUAACUUAAAACAAGCUGCAGCGAAUGUAUUUUCAGUACAUUUGCUAAACUUAACGAAACUAAUUUGAAACUACAAGAUAAACAAUUAAAUUGAAUCAAAACUAAAAUCAUAAAACUGCGUUUGUUGCGAAGCAUUUUCUGUAUAAACAAAACUUGGGAAGCGUAUAUUGUUCUCUCAGUGUCAGUGCCGUAAUGAACCUCAUCACAAAAACAGUAAUACAAAAACAGUAAUACAAAAACAGUAAUGAUUAGAAAUUAGUGCUCACAGGCAUUGAGCCGGACAUAAAUACACUCUUAAAAUCUCAUCACGUUCAUCCAAAUCAUUAAUUUUAUUUUAAACAAAAGAUCUAAUUUUAAUAAAUAGUUCUUCAACAAAAUGUUUUUUUUUUAAUUUGUUAUUUUUAUACCGUACAUAUAUGCUGUUUUUCACUUGGGGGCACGUGGGCAAGUUUUCACUAUAAAAAGGGAUCCUUGGGUUUAAAAAGUUUGGGAACCACUGAUUUAAAAGCUACUUAUUGCAAUUUGCAUGCGCGUGAAUCCAAUAUCGUGAUCCAUAUUCACGCGAUUUUAAAACUCCAAUAUCAUGAUUCUUGUAAAAACUUUUCUUAAAUUAGUUACUAUAUAUUCUUCAUUACAAAUACCAUUUCAAAAAAUCAUGUUAAAUGCGAAACAUGUAUGGCAUAUAAAUUAGUAUCUUGAUAUAGAUUUUUUUGCACAUAAAAUUUUCACCUUAUGUCACAAUCACUCCUGACCUGUUUCCCAAGAUUUCUUCCUGGGUUCAAGAUGAGACCUUCUCAUCUCUAGUACAUAGCACUGUGGUGGUUCAAUUUUGUUGAUCAAAAGACUAUCUAGUCUGACAAGGUCGAAUUUGAUAGGGUUUCAGAGUGUAAUAGUAAUAGGUUCUGCUCUUUUUCUUUUCUUUUUUUAAAUUUAUAAAUGUGAGGGAGAUUUCGCAAAUUUACGUUAGCUUCCGUAUGUAAGAUUUUAAGUAAUGCGCACGCUCAUUAAAAAGUAUUAUUGUAAUCAUAUAUAUCACUCAAUCAUAAUUGCAUGCGCAAUGUAUGAAUGAAAAUAUGCAUAAAUGAAAAAAUAUCAAGCUUACGUAAGUGAAAAUAAGAGAUUUUGGGAAGAUUUCCGUAUCGUGAUCUGUGGCAGAAUAAUUGCAACUUCCGGGCAGCUGCCUGUGAGAAAGGGACCAACUCGUAAGGUGUAACUUGUAGCCACCCCCGGGCAAACAUCUACAUGUUUUUAUUUAUUUUCUUUUAAAUUGCAAGUUUAAAAUCUAUUUCGCAGCACUUAGGUGAUUGUAGUUGGCACGAUACGGAAAUAUCCCCGAAAAUUUGCAAACAUCCGUGAGGUAAAAACGCUAACAUAGUGAAAGAAUAGUUUAACAAAAUCAAAACAAAUAUUUACUUCAGUUGUCGACAAUUUAUUUAAAGCUAUUGCAUUCGAUUCAAAAUGCUUCGCUCUUCGUAAAACUGCGGAUCUGUGAGCAGAAAAAUUUGAUGGAUUCUACAUUUCAAUGAAUUCAGCACAUAAUUAUUGUUAGUAGUAUUUAAAAAAUUAUUAUUGAACUUGUAUUGAUUAUUUAACUUCUUUUAACUAAAUUGUAUAGUUGAAGUCAAUAUAAUUUUGAAAUAGCGAAAAUGUAUAUAGUUUCUUAUGGAACUAGUGCAAUAAGACAACCAUAAUAUUAAACACAAACCAAUAAAAAAAAAACUUUUUAUUGAAUGAACCAAUGGUUGUAAGAUCACACUAUUCAUUUUUAAAUUUCAUCAAUUCAUUUCUUCAAAUUCGCAUUCUAUGUCCAUGUUUUGAGUUCGAAGUUAAACAGGAAACAACAUUUAACAGCGUAAAUCACGGCAGCAUGCGUAGCAUUUAAAAUAAACUCGAGCAUGCGCAGUUGCUUCAAUCUUACGUACAGACAACAGAAGCUAACGUAAAUGUUCGAAAUCACCCUUUUUGUCUGAAAAAGAAAGUACAGGAGUUAAGAUCCUGUGCGAAUUUAACCCUGAAAAGAAGGUUGUUUAAAUUUUUUGCAACUACCGUUUGACAUGACAAUCACCAGUUGUAUAUUUUAACUUUAAAAAAUACUUUUCUUUAUGAUCAAACGCAAGAAAUAUCAUAAAAAGAAAAGUGUUUAGUUCUCUAAAACUCAGUGACUCUGAAAUACUGUUCUAAUUGUGCCAACUAAAAUGUUCCAUGUUAUGAAAUUGCUUAAAUGUAUUUCGAGAUAUUAUUGAAUUGUGUACUUUAAAAAAGGACUCUUUGUUUUUUCAAUAUACACUUCAUUUCAUAAGCAAUAUGAUAAAAAAGUAUGAUUAUAUAUACACAUAACUAAUGCUAUGUGGUUAUGAACAUGGUGAUAUGUGUUGAGCUGUUUUAAACUUUCAUUACUUGAUGAUUUGAAUAACUUGUGUUUUAGUAUCUAUGUAAGCAUUUUGUAAUGUUUGCUUUAUUUAUACUAAAUGCGUAGUUUAUUUAUUUAUUUCUCAUGGAGUUUAUCCUGUUUAUUGCUAUGGUCAUAUGCAUGUGUCGUCCCUGCAGAAUUAGUUUCACGUCAAGCGCGUAUAAAUUAGCCCAAAAGUUCAAUGUUAACACACUUAUUUUGUCUUUUUUUGGGAGAUGUUUUCUCCUCUUUUUUUCUCUUUAAACGUCCCCCUCCCCUCAAGAAUUAAACAUCAGUGAUGCCCAUGAACAUCAUGAUCUAAAAUUGUAUAACAAUUCUCUAGUUGAAAUUAGGUAAUUUAUUUCCUCUGUUAUUGUUGUUAUACAGUGGGCCAAAAAUAAAAAUUAAUUUUAAGAAAAAAACGGACCACCCUGAAUAAUUUUUGAUCGGAUCUUCACAUUCUAGUACUCAUUCUUAACGAUUUGAAGCGGCAACCUCAAAUAUGCUAAAAAAAUUAGUGCAUACGAUAUUUUAAGUUACGAAAUGAGACACAAAAACGUACUUUCUCUAAAUAAACAUACCUUCUUUUUGAUUUAUUUUGGACCCUCAAGGCAUCGGGGGGGGGGUAGCCGUAUACGGGGAAAUAGGCCCCAAUAGUCAGGAGGGCGAUCCAAAGUUUGGACCCUUUAAUGUUAAUUUUACUUUUUGCGUGUUUGGCUAUAUAUCGAGAACUUUUUAAGCAAAUUGAAAAAUUUUUCACACAAUUAUAAAAUUUGCUUAUCCAAAUAUAAUUCCGGGGAAAAAAUAACUUUUAGUAAAUAUUUAUCAUUUUAUUUAAGAAUGGUCGAACAAAAUUUAAAUUAUAAGGUCUACAAAUUUUUGCCUAAUUUUAAAAAAUGUAAUUUUUUAUAGCAAAAUGGUCAAAUAGUGCCUGAGAAAUCGAAUUUCAAGUAUCUAAUUUUUUGAAAUUCGAUUUCUCAGUAACUAUUCGUCCGAUUUUUUUUAUAUUGACCGUCCUUAUUAUUUACUUACAGAAACCAUGUCAAAAAGGAAGUUUUAAAAAAUGUGCGCAGUGGGGACACAUAUAAAUAUUUGAAUUAGGAAGAAACAAAAAUUUCGACCAAGUUUCUUGACCACAAACUCAGUCGAGGUUUCCAGUACUGUCUUUACGCAUGAGCAGAACAGGGCAAUACCCGGAGGGGAGGCCCAAGCACUCGGGGG